AUGUCUCAAAGUCAACAAUGGCUUCGUAAAAUUCUCUACUAUAUGCUCCAUCUGAUAUUCGGAGGCAAUCAAGCCUACACAUUCAAGCCAGGAGAUUCUGUUCUUGUGAUUGAAAUUGGAAAGGAUUUCGUCAAGUAUUUUAAAUUGACAAAACCAGAAGAACAUGUGACGAAUGGAAAAUCAAUAACAAAUGGAAAACAACUUGAAAAUUAUCAAAAACAAUCUAAUUAUGGAGGAACCUUUUUGAAUGUAAAGAGUUUGAUGCCACCUUCUUCAUCUUCCGAUCAUUCCAUUCAAAUUAUUUGA